CGGGAGUACGCUACAUCUGGGCGUCAGUGCUUAUUUUGUGUCGGGUCACCUUAUUCAAUGUCAGUACGCAUAGAAAAGACACCCUUUACAAAUUGCAGUGCGAAUCUUAUUCAGAGUCACGAAUUCGAUGAGGAGUCCCAGAAAAAUGAAGAUAGUCGCAAGUCUAUAGAAGUCGCCGAGUAUUUACUGGAUAAAAAGCUCUUUUUGUCUGCUCUCGAGUACUAUUUUGAACAGUUGGAGCGUGGUAAAAGUAUAAAACUUUUGCAUGAGUUCUUCACUAGUCCAAAUUUUGUUGAUAAUUUGAACUUAUCUUCUGUGGAGUCAUCCAGUAUGUUGAUGGGGAAAUAUCCAAGCCUAUCUUCUUUGGAUUCGUCAGAUAUUGGACGGAUAUCAGAUGAUGGGAAUACACUUGAAGAAAAACUAAAAGUACUUGAAUAUGAGUUGCGCAAGAAGAAUGAUGAAAUAAGUUCAUUACGGAAUGAGUUAACCAGUUUGGUAGCAUGCGGAUAUAAAGGUGAUUUACAAUCUUCACAAACUUCAGAUUCUACUUUGAAUAAUCAUUUUCGGUCGAAUUUUAACAAUGGUACUCAAAAAACGCUACCUCAUGAACUACGUGCAAUAUCAUUUUUAAUUAAUGAAUAUUUUUUGGAACAAAAUUUUCGUUUAACUGCAAUACAAUUUGCUGAAGAAGUAGAAGAACAUGGUCUGCAUAGUUUGGAAUCAUGGCAUGAAGUUGCAAUAAAUUUGCGGAAACCUCCAAGCUUAUUAUCUUUACUCAGGUUAUAUUGGAAUCCUUCUUCUGUUUCACAAUCAUCACAAAUUUCAUCAAAUCGAGAUGUACCAAAUUGUAAAUUUUGUGAAGUUGCUGUUCAGACUGAAUCUGAUCAAAAUGUUUAUACUGUUACAGCUGGUUUUAAUGAAUAUUCCUCAAUAGAAAUUCAAGCAAAAAAUGAGGAGAUUUCAUCGUUAAAAUCGAAAAUCAAUCACUUAGAAUCACAGUAUUCAACUGCUUCACAAAACACCAGGGAUUUACGUAAUCAACUUAUUUGUCUUAAACGUGAACACAUUGAAAUGAUAGAUAAAACAUUAUCAAAUAAAUACACUACUACGACAAAUGCAAACACCACUGUGAUAAAGGUGAGUGAUUCAGAUGACGAAUGCAAUAACCAAUCAAGCCUAAGUGACAAUGACAAUGUUUCAUAUUCGUCUCCUGGAAAAUUUGGUUUUACUGAUCAAACUAAUAAAUCUUGUCGUAAACUAUCCAAAGAGUUUUCCAGAUAUAUUGCUCAUUUAUUACCGGAUGAUGACCUAAUGUUAAAUGAAAUUAACCAUAAUUUUCACUUAACCGAUUCAUUAGACGAAUUUGUCACAUUUUUAGCUCAAUAUGUUGAAAAGAUUUUACCAUACUUAGUUGAUAAAGGCAAAUUAAUUUUUCUCCCCUUAUUAGUUCAAAUUAUUUGUUUACAUUCCAAUCCAUCGGUACGUGAUCAAUUUCUCUGCCUAUUAUUUGAUUUCCUUUCAACUACUUCGUCUCCUACCUUAUCACCUCAAUCAUCAUUAUUGUCAAUUGAGCAUAAAAUGUAUGUGGAUCAUAUGAAUCCACCUAGUUUAAUUAAAAUGAAUACUGGUUGUGAUUCAAUUGGCCGUAUAAAUCAUGAUGAAUUCUCUAAGCAUAUAUUAAAUGCUUUACGAUUAUUAGCUUCAUAUUUAGGUCCUGCUCGAUUGGAAGGUGAACUGUUACCGGGAUUAUGGUUACAAAUAAAUAAAUGUCCAAUUUCUGAUCUAUCCAGAAGGCUUCUUUUAGUGUCGGCCUGCGGUGUAAUCGCUCCUCACCUUCCGUCGCAUUUACAAUCUUCCAUAAUGUUAUGUAUCAUGGAAUCCAGCCUGGAUGAAGAACGUAAUCCAACAGUACUGGCAGCUAGUAUACGUUCUCUGUCAUGUCUAAUUAGUUCAAUGUCGGAUUCUUAUAAAUUGCCACAAAUUAUACGUCGACUUAAUUCAUUUCUUAUACAAACUGCAAAUAUAUUCAAUGAUCCGCAACAGUUAAAACUGUUUUAUUUAUCAAAUAAGAAUUCAUCAUCAUCGGGAACAACAACGACAACAGUGCAAUCAUUAUCUAAUCCCAUAUAUAAUGCUACUAUGAAUUAUUUCUUAUCAUCUAUAGCCCAAUGGUGUUUAGAAUUAGACUCUAUUCAACAAGUUCUACUUGAUCCAUGGUUAAUUCAUUUCGAUAAUUAUAUUUUAGCACGUCAAAAUACUAAAGAUGAGGUCGCACCUGAUAUGGUAUUGCUUUAUUUAAAUACCCUAUAUUAUUUAGCACCAUUUCUUCAUGCUUGGUUAUUAUUAUCAUUAAUAAAAAAAUCAAAUCCUGAUGAAAGUUUAUGGUUGUCUAUGCGAAAUCUACUUCAUGCUUAUCGUAAUUCAGCUUCAGAAUUUGAACAUCUUUUGAGAAAGAAUUUCACAUAUAAAGAGCCUGACCUAGUCAAAUCUUCUCCCACUAAUACUGCCACCACCAUUACCAACAUCAACACCACAUUGGAUUUCAUUGAUACUUCAAUAAUUCUUGGACAAGAUAGCUUUGAAAUAUUAUCAGAAAUGAUGAAAUAUAUAUGUAAGUCAGACUUGUCAAUGUCAACCAUACCAUCAACAUUAUCAUCAAAUCAAACUGGUGAUUUGGAACAAUCAUUUCACGCUAGUCAUAUAUGUCAAAUCGAUAAAUGGAUAGCAAAACAAUGGUUUGAUAAACAUUUAAUCUGUAAAUUAAUUGACUUGCUAGAACAAUUACCUUAUUGUAAUAAUGGUGAUCUUUGUUUAAAAAUGAAAUCAUUCCUUGACUUGGAUUAUGCUAAUGGUUGUUUUGAUGAUGUAAUUAAACAUCAAUUUGAUGAAUAUUUCGCUUAUCCAUGCACAGAAACAUUACAAUCGAAUAAUUUUAAAGUAGCUUUUUCAGUAUGUCGAUUUCUUGUUUCAAUUGGUAAUGCAUUGAAAUCAGAUGGUGUGUCAAAACUAAUUGCACCACAUUUUAAAGUCAAGCUAAUGAAGCAAACAGAACAUGGAAAUUAUGAAUAUGAUCACAGUUCUAUGCAAACUGGACUUUUAGCUGGUUAUUGCUGUUUGCUUUCUUCUACACAAUCUAAAUCAGAAAUAGGUCAAGUACGAAUGCUGUUGACAAGUGCUAUAUUUUUACAUGCACGUGAGGGUUUCCCACUUCAUUGUAUUAAUUUAACAGCUUGGUGUCUUUGUUUAACUACGAAUUUAGAUAUUGCUGUACAAGAAAUUUUACUUCCAGCAAUACGACCAUGUUUAAGUUGCGCUGAUAGUUCAGUUCGUCGAGCAGUAGCUAAUCUACUUCAUGGAUUAAUUGAAAUUCUACGAUUUAUCAGUGGAUCGUAUAGUAAUAAUGAUAUCUCACAUACGAGUACAACAACGCCAACAUUCACAACACAUAAUGAUAUUUGCAAAUCAAAUUUAUUAGGAUUAAUAUGGCCAUUUAUUAGUCAAGUGACUAGAGAUGAUUUAACUGGUCAACGUAAACGUAUUACACCGGAUCAAGCUGAUUGGAGUGUGUUAUGUUGUUCACUUGGUCCAUUGUACAGUUUCAUCAUGUUGAUAUGUGUACCAUUUCUAAAUUCGACUUUGUCUUCUUCCUCUGCUACUAUUAUUGCUGGUGGUGGUGAUCCUUCUGGAGGCUCUAAAAUAGAAAAUAUUUCGUCUUCUUCUACAACAACAAUGGAUACAACUUCAGCUUCAACAACAGAUACAUUAACAAACAACACAUUUAAUGAAUAUGCUAAUUAUCGCAUUAUGGCAUUUGAUUUACUUAGUUUACAAUAUGAUUUGGUUGUUGGUCGAACGAAUUCCAAUGAGCAACUUAAUUCUAAUGUACAAAAUACAGGCAUAGAUUAUACAAUGGAUCGAUUGAUAAUUUCACAACGUCGAUUUUGGAAUACAUUAGUUAAUAAUCUUCUAGAUUUAACUAAUCGUCUUCUUCCGAUAUGUGGUGAAAAUUUUCAACAAAAUAAUAUAUUACCAUGGCUUUUUAAUUUAGCUGAAAUGAAUAAUUCUUUGCCGAGUUUAGAAAUACGUGUUGAAUUAGCUAAUCAUUUGUUCACAGUUUUUUCAACAGCUGCAUAUUCUGUACAAAAUGAAAAAAGUUUACUUCAGUGGUUAGUUCCAGGUUUAGAUCGUGUACGUUUAGAUUUAAUUGAAAGUGGAGAUAAUCGUCGUGUUCGUGAAGUAGAACAAUUCUUAUCUGAUUUAUACUCGAAUCUUCGAUUAAAUGAUCAAGGACGUUCUUCCAAUUCGAAUUCAUCUACCGGUAUACGUACUAGUGUAUCCAACCGUUGGACUAAACUAACUUCAUUCAAUAAUUCCAAUAAUAAUAAUACUGUGAGUAGUACUAGUCACAGUACUGACAGUCAUAGUACUACUACGAACACUAAUACUACCAAUACUUUUAAUACUUCUAACAAUGGAAUAAGUGUUACUCCAGCAUUCAACACUACUUUAGAUACUAGUCAUAAUUCACCACCAGAGAUUGAAAUGAAAAAAUCUCAAUCUCGAACAAAAAAUUUACGUUUUAAUUUUCGUCGACAUUAGUAAUAUUAAUCAUAAUAAUAAUGAUCAUUUUAUCACAAUCUACACAUGAUACACAGUUGUUUGUUUUUUUCAUUUCAAAUAAUGAGGUAACAUUCCAAGAUUCUGUAAUUUAUGUAAUUAUCAGAGAAAUAAAACAUACAUCAUUUUCGAACUUACUUUUAUGUUUUGGAACAAUGUUAUUUUCUUGUGAUCUGUACUCAUUACCAUUAUUAUUAUUAUUAUUAUUAUUACAUAUUUUUAUUUAUAUUCAUAAUUGAUUUGUAAUUUAUCUUCUUUGUAAACAUGGAAAUCAAGUAUUUCACAAAUGAUACAACAUAAUUCUAAGUGAGUGCUUUCAUUGAUAUAUUUGUUAUUGAACAAUAUCAACAAAUAUGAUAAUAAUCGAUGGUUGAUUUUCUUGAUUUUUCGAUCAUCUAUUCAUCGUAAAACCAUGCUUCAAUAUAAGAUUGUUAUUACCAUAACUGAUAUGAGUAUUAUUGACCUUAUUAUUGUAAUUUUUAUACAUAUAUAUGUAUGUAUCCCUAAAACUAAUAUGCCUUAACACAUAUCAGCUAGGCUGUGUUUUGUUUGUUUUACGGGUGAUAUUUUAAACGUUUUUUCUUUUGUUUUUAUCUCGGAUGUUAAUCUUUUUUUUCUCCUACUUAUUUACUGAUUAAUGUUUCUCAUUGGAAGUUGGGUUUUGUAAAUUUCAUGUUUUGUCCUGUUGUUUUUUUUAAAGAACCGUUUUCAUAUGUUUAUAAUUGAAUUAAAAAAAAAGAGAACGAUCAAACCUCAUAGUGAUUAUUUUAUGUUUAUUUUACGAUUCUUAUAAAAAUCAAAAUAACAACUCUACAAUUUUGUUUUUGUACACAAUCAUAACAAAUUCAUGUUUUCUAAUUAUUAUUAUUAUUUUUGAACACUUUUUAAAAUGUUACUGUAUAAAAUUGAUGUUUGUACGAAUGCUCAAUUGUUUGGGUUUUUACCCUAUUCAAAUUUA